AGCAGAAAGCAGCCAGGGUUAAUUGGUGUCAAAAAACGCUUGACUGUUUCAAUUCCGCAUACUCAAAAAAUGUGUACAGCAUUAUUAGUGGUGAUGAGCAAAGAACUGUUGCUGCGGAUUGGUAUACCACCAUUUCUUUGCCAAAAGUCAUCAACGAGCUUCGAAAAAUCAACCCCGAAAGAAGAAUCAUCCUCAACCAAGACAAUGCAAGCUCGCACACAACCCAAAAAGCAAGGCAGUAUUUAA